AUGUCGACAUUUCAGUCUUCGACAAAUCCUUCCACCAUGUAUUUCUACAACACAUUCUACAACCCAAAUUGUUCCAGUCGCGGGAGCGGCUGGUGUGAUUGGUGGCGCAAUUCCUCUUUCCGCCGCACAAGGCAGAACGGUGGAUCGGCUCCUCCAUGGCGAAAUGGCUUUGUACCACGAUAUACGUGGCGGGAGCCGGCCUGGGCCGACACAAACAGGGUUGGCGGGCCUAUGCUGCCUGCCAGACACCCUGACCACAGCGUGUGGUCUUUCCCGACUGGCAAUUUGACCUGGACUCCCCACCUAAACGGACAUAGCCACUUCCCCGCAACAGUUCAGUGGACUCCUGCCACACUGCCUGCCCCACCAUGGCCCCAGACAGGCGAUGAACGCCCGAAAUUUGCACCCUGGCUUGCUCUAAACCCUUUCCAACCAGCCAUGCCUAUGCUUCAGUGGGAUAUCCGGCAGAACCCAAUUACAGCCAGGCUGACAACAGGCGCACAUAUUUCCGCGGAUCUGGCACAUGUCUUGAACUCUCCAGCGACGGAUAUUCCGAUCAGCAUUAUCGAAAUUGCUAUCCCAGCUUGUCCCAUGGCACACAUGUGGAACGUCGUCAGGGUGCAAAGAACCAGCGCUAUCAAGGUCCAAGAUAUUCUCGAUGCCAUUUACGAAUGGCUGCAGACACCUCUCACUCGAGCUGAGAUGGAACACAUCGAACAUGUGAACCCAGACAGCGCCGAAGCAGUUUUAUGGGCCUUACAAGAGAGAGCUUCUGUGAGUCCGACGUUGCAUGGCUGGGAAUAUCGACAAGGACCGCGGCGCAUAGACUGUUUGGGAGAUGUUCGUAGAUGGAUCGGAUUAAGCUACUCUCCUACGGGGCAGGGUAUGCAACUGGUUCUCAACCUUCAAACUAUUCAAUGA